AUGUCCAGAGGUCUAAUAUACGCAAAAGCAUUAGCCGUCGGUGGUUUGAUUGUUGGGUUCGGGUACAUGCUGAUGAGGUUGAGCACACCUACCGAAGAACAGUAUUAUGCUGCACGUAUUAAUUCUUUUUAUCUUAAUAAAUUAUCACCAGAACAUAAAAAGCGAAUCAGUGACAAAACAAAGAUACGAGAACACAACGCCGCAAUACUGGAAAUGAUAAAGAAAGUUGCCGAAUCCGACAAGCCAAGUGCGUAA